AUGCUCGCUUCCAAUAUCCACAUCACCCCUCCAGUGCAGUCAUCCUUGCCCACCCCGGACACAUCAAACUACUCUCCCGACGAAGUUCCCUCGUGCGGAGGCCAUGGAACACUCGAGAUUUUGUCGGUGACUCGAUUCCUCGAGGAGCAUGGGAUCGAGUGUUGUCUUGUCGGGGUCUCGGCAUUGAUCUAUUACGGGGCGGGUCGAGUGCGAGAUGAGUGGGACCUCUGUGUUCCCGACAACAAAGUCACCGAAGCCGCGGCGCUUCUCUCCUCCAAAUUGAUUUCCGACCAGAUUCACGCGGUCCCGCCUCAUUCAACCUCACAUCCGUUCUCCUUGAGUCACACCUACCAUCGGUUCAAGGGGAAUGGCAUCCAUUUCUACUUUGUGCUGAUGCCGGCUCAUGACGCUCACAUUCCGUCCGGUCCGUUCCAUAUCGAUCGUAGUCCAAAUGGUCUCCCGUAUCCCACGCUUCCGGUGCUCAUGCAGAGCUUCCUGGACACGAAUGACGAUGUCUCUCUGUGUGACUGUAUCGACGGGACCAAUGUCUCAGAAGAAUGGGGAUAUCGACAUUUGGACCUCGAAGGCACCAACGAUCUGGAAUGGACGACGCGGAUGAAUCAAGUCGCCAAAGAAGCGGCACAGGGGAAAGGAUGGCUCUUCGUUCACUACUUCCCCACGCAAACGAUCAACAAACGCGACAAAUGGGUGGCCAGGAUACGCAGUAAAAAGGGCAGACUCGGCUGGACGACGCCAGACAGUCUGUUCGAAACCCGUUUUCGACUCAAGGACUCGCCUGACCCGUGGACUCAGAAACGCAUGUCUUGUUAA